AUCAGACAGCCUCUUAGAGAUUUCUGCCAACAUCUGUCGUUGCCAAAUCGCUAUCAGUCGUCUAUUGUCGUUGCCCGCCACGUUUGCCUGUUUAUCAGCAUUCCGACCAACUACCGUUGGUCGGCGACGCUUUAAUGGCUCGCGAAUCCAUCUACCCGCCUACGAAGCUCUCCCCUCGACUUUCCUCCAUCGUUCUUCUCCUAACCCUAGCCGUUCUCCUCCUCUUCUCAUCAUCCUCCCUUCUAUCCUCUCCCUUCUCCUUUAAGGUCUCGCCUCCACUCCGCCGACACACCAAUACUCUUUGCAGUAUCCGCGCAGCUGAUCUCACCCGCGGUUUCUGGACCCACGAUCCCCAACGCAAAAAUCACAGCAGAUCACUGUACGACGCUUCCUGUAAAUUUCAUCGCAACGCGUGGAAUUGUUUUCGCAAUGCGAGGGAGAACAUGGAUGCGAUCAACUCUUGGGUAUGGAUUCCUGAAGGUUAUGGUGGGUCGCCGCUGCCGCGGAUCGACCCUGCCGCCUUUCUUCAUGCAAUGAAGGGGCGGCGCAUUGGGUUCGUUGGAGAUUCACUAAAUGAGAAUUUUAUCGUGGCGUUCCUUUGUGUGCUGAGUUCGGCUGACCCAGGUGCGCGGAAGUGGAAGAGGAAAGGGGCGUGGAGGGGUGGCUACUUCCCCAAGUUUGAUUUCACUCUGGCUUACCACCGGGCUGUGCUGCUUGCUAAGUACAUUACAUAUUGCAAGGGCAUGAGUUAUGUAAUUCUGGGUGUGAAGAUAUUGUUUUAUUGUGCCAUAUUCUCCUGUGGAGCAGUUGGAUCUUCCGAGCAGAGAUAGUUUGAAGGGAUUUUACAAGGUGGACGUCGAUAUUCCAG